UGGAGUGAUUUUUCUUCUUAACACCAUCGACGACGAUAUGAUGGAUUCGGGGGCCGGUGUUCCCUUCGAUUUGGAGGGAGGUUUCGAGCCGCAGACGCGCGCGAGGUCGAACACGUGGCCGCUCCCUCGGCCCGAGGGUUACGUCGACGGGCCCGUCGGGGCGGCGGGGGGCCCGGGGGGCGUCGGCAUCGGAAAAGAGGGGGUGGAGGGCGGGACGCCACCGCAGCAAGGGGCGCUGGGCCCGGGGGCCGGACUGAUGCCGGUAAAGAAGAACUCUUCGCGCAGAAACGCAUGGGGGAAUUUAAGCUACGCCGAUCUCAUCACCCAGGCGAUUACCAGCGCGGCUGAGAAACGUCUUACGCUGUCGCAGAUAUACGAGUGGAUGGUGCAGAAUGUUCCCUACUUCAAGGACAAGGGGGACAGCAACAGCAGCGCCGGAUGGAAGAAUUCGAUAAGGCACAAUUUGUCGCUGCACAACAGAUUCAUGCGGGUGCAGAAUGAAGGGACUGGCAAGAGUUCAUGGUGGAUGAUAAACCCGGACGCAAAGCCAGGGAAAUCGGCACGACGACGUGCGACGUCGAUGGAGACGAGUAAGUUCGAGAAGCGUCGAGGUCGCGUAAAGAAGAAGGUCGAGGCGCUUAGAAACGGUGGACUUCAGGCCGACGCAACACCGAGUCCCAGCAGCAGCGUCAGCGAGGGCCUCGACCUGUUUCCGGACAGUCCUCUCCACUCGGCAAGCGGUUUUCAGCUUUCGCCGGACUUUCGACCUCGGGCCUCCAGCAACGCCUCGUCCUGCGGCAGGCUGAGUCCCAUUCCCGCCGUCUUCGGAGAGCCCGACUGGACACCAUCCUACGCGCCAUCCUACAGCCCCGAUCAGCUGGCUGGCAGCUUAGCCGAGUCCAUGAAGCUGGAAUCAUACCAAAUGUACCAAACCUCACCGCCGAACCACCAGCAGACCGGACCUCCGCCCUCUUACUACGAGGCUCAGUACCAGCGAAACAAUUCCUUGCGCACCGGGUCCUCAUCCUACGGCUUACCACCGACGCCUCAGUCCGCCAACCAGCAGAGAUGUCCUCACCACCGCCUCCAGCCCUGCGCCUGUCAAAUGAACCUAAGUCCAGUCUCUGGCAUGUCACCGUCCUAUUCGCAAAGUGAACCUAGCCCAUCGUCCUUGGGAGGAAGCCAACAGCAACAGCAACCACCGCAGUACCUAAUGCAGAACCAGCAACAGAAACAGCGUCAACAACAACAAGCGCAAACGAGGCCUGCGGGUCCAAGUCCGCCGCACACGCCAUCGCCCUGCACGCCGACACCGAGCACAAUGAUGGGCCAGUUGAUGGGGGCCCUGAACAACGCGACGCUACUAGACGACCUGAACAUCAAUAUCGAGUCGCUGCACGGCGGCUUCGACUGCAACGUAGACGAGGUGAUAAAGCACGAGCUGUCGAUGGAAGGCUCCCUCGACUUCAACUUCCAGCAGGGCGUGAUGGGCGUUGCGUCCGUGCAAGUCAGCGACGCUGGUGCCGUUGGUCAGGGCGGUGUCUCCCAGAGCAAUCAGGGUACCGCCAACAACGCCUCGGUCGUUUACGCUAACGCGGCGACACCCUCAGCGCCUUCCUGGGUCCACUAGCGACCAAAGACUUCAGCCCUCCUCGUCACCGCACACGAACCGUUCUUGCAAUAUCUUGAUAUGACGACGACAUCUGAUCCGACUCGAGGCGCGCUGCACGGUUUCAGAUGUACGCGGAGGGCUGCAGUGUAAGAUCGUGGGAGGAUUGGUUUGUGAUAAAGUACAGUAGGUUAUUUUAAUUUUUUCUUCCAUCGUCCGUUUUUGUUAAUUUUUUUCAACAUUUUUUUCCCCGACAACGAUAUAACCGCUGUAUACGUACUUCAAAAGGAAAUAUAAAUCAGCUUAAAAUGCAGAAAAAAAGAUGCCAGUCUACACACAUACACCUAUAAAUAAAUAAAUACAUAUAUGUAUCUUAUAUAUUCGAUUAAUUAGUGCAAUUGGUGCAAAGAUAACAGAGAAAAAGGAGAAAAGAAACCAACAACAACAACAAUGACGAAAAAUAUUUAACUAUACGUUAAAUGUAAUUUAGGAUUCUUUUUUAUAGGUGCUCAAAUGGUAGUGGAAUUAAAUAAUAUAAUGAUAAAAAAACAACAACAACAACAACUAAACAAAUAAAAUAAUAUUUAAUGUUAAUGAAAAUAGACGUAAGUGAAUAAGAAACUAAGGAACUAAGUAAGUAAGUAGAAUGAAGGAUUGAGGGGGGCGGGAGGGGGGUGAAAUUCGAAAAAAAAAUAGAAUAAAAUAAAAAAAGUGACGCAAUGUGAAUUUCUUUCAACGCUACGUUAGAUCCACUGCACGUCGGAAUUUCAAAUUCCCGAUAAUUUUAUCUCCUCGAACUUCAAUAUCCGUUGAUACUUCGUACCUCAAAAAGAGAAACCGUCGCAAUGGAUAUUCUCGUAAUCCCCGCGUUGAGCGUUUGAAUAUUGUUUGCAAAUAAAUAUAUCCGCUUGCACUAUUGAGAUUACCUAAACACGUUGCAUACAAUAAAUUACACAUGCACGCGUCGUAUGAUGUGUGAAACGUACGUAUACUUGUGAAACCUGUCGUUCCAUUCGUGACUCGUUUGUGUUUUUAUUUUUAUUUUACAUCGUUGGCCUGACAAAUUUCUAAACAUACAAUUAACAAGCGUACAACGAGACGUUAUUACUUUUUAUUUUUUUCAAAUUUUUUUUUGCUUUUUUCUCCUCAUUUUUAUUGUCACCGAUGACGACGAACGGUUUUCAAAACUUUACGUGUUACGGUUACUAUACUAUACAUACGUACAUACAAUUUAGCGUUAGAAGAAAAGAAAUUGAAUAUAUAUGUAUAUAUAUAUACCUAUAUCAUUUAGCAUAAUAUACGUAACUACUGCCUAUGUGUACCUGAUGCGUACGUAUGGGUUUACACGUUCGUUAGUGUUUUAUUACCUAUUUUUUCUUAUUCCGAUUUGGAGGGGGGUUGAGGGACGGACGCGAAGCUCCAAGUUUAACUGUCUUCUUCCGUCGACGAAAAGAUUUAUCGUGGAGAAAAUUAUCUUAUAAGGAAAUACUCUGCCAUAUGUUAAAUAUUAUGCACAUGCUCAUAUAUAUGUAUAUAAAAUAUAUACAUAUGUAUGCGAUUGUACCUAUAUUGUAUAUUAUGUUUUGAAUAUAAGAGACGGUGCGAAUAUCGAAUCGCCCCUUAAUUUACGAAAGGUUCAGCGAUCGUGUAAACUGUAGUGAAAAAAGGAAGUGAUUUCGAUAUAGUAUAUAUACAUAUAAAUAUAUAAUAUAUUACUAAUGUAUAUUAUCAUUAUUUUUAGUUUUCUGUUGUUUUUUUUUUUUUGCUUUUUUUUUCAUUAAUGAUCGUUCAUUUAUUCGUACGGGUACACAAAUCAAGUCAAUAAUUUUAACUUUUAGACGCUCAUUUUUAUAUAAUACAUACGUAAAUACAUAUGCGCAUGCAUAGAAACAUAUACGUUAAUACACGUUACACUUGCAAUUAUAUUAUCGUUAUUCAUGAUGCUUCCCUGUGUAUAUUUUUACGGGAAACUGUGGUUUAACUCUAGUUAUGCAUUUUACAUUUGUUUUUUCUUUUAUCAUCUUUGUUUUUAUCAAAUCCCCCCGACGGUUUAUAAAUACUGACGACGCAACAGGUAUCGGUGAAAAUCGGAAAGAUCGACGAUCUUUUGAAAAAUCAUUGCAGUCGAUCGCUGAGAAGUAUAUUAUUUCAUUUUUAUUCUUCAAUUUAUUUUUUCCAUAGCAUUGAUGAAUCUCGUGCGCGACAAAAAGAAAGAAAAAAAAAAAAAAAAAAAGUGAAGAAAACCAAACGAAGAACUAAGGAAACCAUAUAAAAAUGAACAGAUUACAAUUACUGAAGUAUCAUUGCAAUUAUGUAUUUUGUGAAAUUCGAUUAUUGUACGCUUAUUUUUCACGAUGAAGAUGUAGAACUCGGAACCUGCAGGCGAUAGAUUAUAGGGAGAGAAAAAAACCGAAGGGGGGAAGGGAGGAAAUAAUUGGUGUCGCAAUCAAAGCGUUUAACGUUGGCAAAAUUGCAAAGUAUAUGCAAAGAAGAGUGACGAUGAUGAUGAUGACGACGUUGAUGAUGAUUAUACCUGUAGCGUAAAAAUAUUAUACAUAGAAAAUUUUUUGCGGCAUUCGCGUCAAUGCAGCAUUUAAUGCGAUAUUCAAUGUUAUGCAUACACACAUACCUGUAUAGAGUGAUUGAGAAGUGGUAGAACAACGACGAUGAAGAUGGAAAGGGAGGAUGAAAAAUA